CUGACUGCACAGUUGUUUCAGUUCAGCAUCUCUGAGCAGUGACCACAGGAAGGAUUUCACCUCGCUUUGUCGUAGGAGGACAAGACGCACAUCUCUUUGCGGUCUACUGAGGGAACUUCUAGUAAUUUAACUGACCAUGGCAAACAGAGGUCCCAGUUAUGGACUGAGCCGUGAGGUGCAGGAGAAGAUUGAGCAGAAGUAUGACUCUGAGUUGGAGUCUCUGCUGGUGGACUGGAUUAUCGCACAGUGUGGAGGAAACAUCGAGAGACCACAGCCUGGGAAACUAAACUUUCAAAAGUGGCUCAUUGAUGGCACUAUCCUCUGUAGCCUCAUUAAUAGUUUGUAUCCACGUGGUAAGGAGCCUAUUAAGAAGAUCCCAGAGACUCAGAUGGCCUUUAAGCAGAUGGAAAAGAUCUCCCAGUUCCUUCAGGCAGCUGAAACCUAUGGUGUAAUCACCACAGAUAUUUUUCAAACAGUGGACUUAUGGGAAGGAAAAGACAUGGCUGCUGUCCAGAGAACUCUAAUGGCCUUGGGUAGCGUGGCUCUCACCAAAGACGAUGGACAUUUCAGAGGGAGCCGAGACUGGUUUCACAGGAAGUCUCAAAGCAACCGGCGAGAGUUUUCUGAGGAGCAGUUGCGCCAGGGUCAGAAUCUGAUUGGCUUGCAGAUGGGCAGUAACCGUGGGGCAUCUCAAUCUGGCAUGACUGGUUAUGGCAUGCAUCGCCAGAUUAUGUAAAACUAUGCCAUUGCCCAAAAACGUGCCUAAAACAGCUAGAAGAUGUUAAAACCUCCUAACCCCAGCCCACACCAUGCAGUGUUCCUUCUCAGUCCUUGAUGGUAAAGUCUAUUUGAUGAAGAAGGGUAGUCUAAGUAACAUCUGAAACUAAAGUAUAGAGGUUAUGAGAAUGUUCUCUCAUUCCAUUUUAAAAUUAAAUAAGGUAUAAGCAUGCUAGAUAUAUCUAUUUUAUUUUUGGUUUGCUCAACUUGUAAUAAGAUGAAAUUAUUUAUUUGUAAAUGUGUGCUAAUAGCGAUUAGUAAUUCUUAAAAUGUUAUCUAGCCAAAUAACUUAAGUCCAAACAGUAUGUCAAAAAAACAAAUAACAGACAGCAAACAGCUGCAACUUUUUACUAGUUAACACAGUGUUUGAGUGUACACUAAUCAGCUGUCAUCAGGUUCUUUUUUUUUUGUUGUUGCUUUUUUUUGUUUUUUUGCUGUUUCAAUGGCCUAAAAUUAAUGAAGGAUGUCAGUGCACAUACUAACAAAAUGUACUCUAUGCAGAUUCUUUGUUUUGGUGGUCAUGUACAGUGGAAAUAUUUAAUAAAUGUUUAAUAAAUUAACAGCUGUUUUCAUUGAAAUA